AUGAGCGGUACUAUCUGGCGCAGUGUAUUCACGUACAACAAGUACACCCAGAUCGCGGCGCGGGCCCUCCGCCAGUCGCUGAAGGAAAACGAGCGCGUCGCCGCUGAGAAGCGGGGGUUGACGAUCCUCCGGUACCAGCACUGGCAGAAUGGUGUCGGUGGCCAGCAGGUGUUCUUGAACCCGCCUGAGGAGCAGCGCCCGCCCAAACCUGCCGCAGUAUAA